GUCGUUCAAAGCUAAUCUCUUCCGAAGUAGAAACAGAGCAGAGAGGCUGCGCAUCAGCUAUCGCAGGUAAUUCAAAUAGCGUAUACUGCAUUAACAGGAACAAAAGAUUUCGCCGCAAGUGAAUACGAAGCGUUUGUUUAAUCUCAAUCAAAUCAUUGACGUUGUCGGUUUUCGACAAUGAUCCACAUCAGGGCAUGGGACCUGAAUCUUUGUGUCGAAUGAGCGCGAGAAUAUAUAGAAGAGGGUGAGGAGAGUUGGAAGCUAUUCAUCUCCAUUCAUUCAACAUGUCGAAAUCCCUUAACAUCGCGAGCUCGAGCCGCAGUGACAUUGAGAAUCAGCAAUACCAUCAUCAUGAGCACCAUUCAGCUCUUCUUCAAAAUGGCAAAGACCCAUCUUUACCUGCCAACCACCCCAUUAACGCACUCAGUGCCAUGAGAAAAUUCUUCAUUCUAUGCACUUUGAGCUAUAGUGGUUUCCUCGCCAACUUUGGUAUUGCCAUCAUUCAAGUCGCUUUCCCGACCUUGGGUAAAGCUUUUGGUGUGGAAACUUCUAUGAUUCCUAAUACAAUUGGCUACUAUCUUCUUGGUUUUGCCUUCGGUCCCCUCUUUUGGAACCCUCUUUCCAAGACAAUUGGUCGACGCCCAGUCUACCUUUUGGGUUCCGCGCUCUAUAUUCCUUGCGUAAUUUGGAUGGCACUGUCACCGUCCUACGCAUGCUUCUCUGUCUCUCGACUCUUCUCCGGUUUGACCUCUUCCUUCAGUCAAACUGUGCCUCCGGCCACCAUUGCCGAUAUUUUUAUCAAAGAGGUUCGAGGCCACAAGAUGUCUAUGUACGCCGUUGCAGUAGUCAUCGCUCCAGCAGUCGCUCCCCUUUUCAGCGGCAUCAUCGUCGCAAAGACAAAUUGGCAUGUCCUUUUCUGGCUGGUCCUCGGGCUUGCGGUUGUCCAAUGUCUUCUUUACUUCUUCGUCGUGCCCGAGACUCUAUGGAAUGAAGACUUCUCCACUCCUUUGCAAAGUACCGACGCGCAACCUACUGCCCCUAGCCCCGAGCCGAGCGAGUCCUACAACAAAGAUGACUCAUCAAAACCCGUCAUAAGGCAUCUGGAAGAAGCUCACCAAGACCCGACGACAAUGCAAGGGCAUGUAGGUCCUGCAUGGAUGCCAUGGCAAAGGCCCAUGGAGUAUCUGCAGGUCUGUCUCUCCCCUUUUCUAAUGCUUCGUUAUAUCAGCAUUGUCAUUCCUUCCAUUUAUUACGGUUCACUUUUUGCUUGGUCCAUUGGCAUCACCAUUGUCAUGCCUCAAAAGUUUGAAAAUGCUCCUUAUAGCUUUGCCACCAUUCCCUUGGGUACUGCCUUCUUGGCGUAUGGAUUGGGUGGUAUUUUAGGUAAAUGGUCUGGUGGCCUUGUAGGCGACAAAACUUGCUCUUAUUUGGAGCGCAAAUAUGGCCAUCGACAACCUGAACACCGUCUUUGGGCCCUCAUACCUAUCCUUCCAUUCAUGUUUAUUGGUUUGAUCAUCGUCGGUAUUGUCACUUCCAAAGAGCUCCACUGGAUCGGAUUCCUCAUUGGAGGCGGUCUUUUCUUUUUCUGUCUUUCUGCUGCUACUGGUUUAUUACAAACUUACGUCCUGGAAGGCUAUAUGUCUCGCUCUAUGGAUACUCAAGCUGUCUUCAUCUUCUUCAAGUCAAUCUGGGGCUUCGUCAUUCCCUUCUUUGUCUGGGACUGGGGAGCAGACCAUGGUUUCCUUGAGGAGUACGCUGCUCAGGGUGCUCUUGCUGCCGGCUUGGGUGCGAUUCUGUGUGCUGUCUUCAUCUGGAAAGGCUACGAGAUUAGGAAAUGGCAAGGUAUGCCCGUUUCUCCUCGAUAGAUGGAAAAAUGAUGGGGGAGAGAACUAUUUUGGAUUUAUUCCUGGAAAGGCUGCUUUACUGUCUUGGAAGGUCGUGGAAAGGAGUUUCGUCAAAGGGAGGAGAAAGAAGAUCAAAGUGUAACUUCAAUGAACAAGUACUCGUUUGUAGCUGGAAAUGAAGAAAUGGCAUAUUUGUGUUG